AAAUCGCACCACAUUAUCCGUUUAAAUUAUGAUGAUUAAAGAUAUUGAUUCGUCAGUGAUGGGUAGUUGGUCUCAUGAUCUUUGCUCUGAGCCAAUCAAAGAAUCAUUGGAGAGAGAGAGAGAGAGCUGUUUGCUGACAGAACAGAACAAGAGCGGCAAAGCAGCACAAAGCAUUCAAGAACAUAUCAAACCAUUGCCGCAUGGUUUUUUCUCCAUCUUGUUAAGCCACAUCCUCUGUUUGGAAAGCCUAGUGCAAAACACCAUCCCUGGCUUCCCACAUUGCAUUUGUGAAUUUUCAGGGGGGGGGGAAUGAAGAACAAAACUGGCUUUACUACUGGCUAGGAGAGGUUUUCUGCUGUGACAAGCUUCAAUCCUAGGAGUAGUAACACAUGACGUGAUCCAUUGUAAAAAUUGCAUGUGUUCUGUCUCUCUCAACUUGUUGUUUUAUACAUAAAUAAAUGGGACAUACCCAAAUCAUAUGGAGGACCACAUGCAUGCUGCAACCAGCGAUUCUUUGUCCCACCUUCUGCACCUAUAAAAAUUCACAAUAACCACCACCACCACCCAUAGCAUAAUUUUCAGCAAAAUUAUUAUUUGUUGAAAUAAUUAGUAUAUCUAGAUGACAAACUUGCCUUUUGGUAUCAAGUUUAGUUAUAUUGCUAGCAUUAUUGUGUCUGCUAUCAAUUCACAAAACAAUAAUGCUAUUGACCAUGCUUUACUAAAAACAUUUGGUGGGUUCAUGAUUCAUGAUCCACUGAUUUAAAGCCGGAAUUCUCACUCUCUAAUCACCUGGCCAACAUGCUUAACCUAGACGUUGUCUCCCCAACAGAAUUCAAAUCGCAAGUCAACUAGGAAAUAAUAUUUGAGGCAAAUGCAUGUCAUCAUCACCAGUUGCUUAUGCAUGUAAGGUGAAGGUGGCUUGAUACUUCCUCCAUGCAACAUCAACUAGUAUAAAUAUGUUAACGGGCACCAGCCAAAAGGAAAAAACACAUGUACCUUUAUGUACACGUAACUAUAUAAGCAACUUCAGAUUUUGUGAUUGUAUAACAUCCCGAAGGCCAAGCAGGAAAUAAGGAGGGGGGAAAUAUGGCAGAUAGGAGUGUUCUCCCUCAGAAAAUGAAACUUCUUCUGGCCUUAGUUGCUCUACAGUUUUGCUAUUCAGGGUUUCAUAUUGUUUCAAGGGUAGCACUAAACAUUGGUGUUAGCAAAGUUGUUUACCCAGUUUAUAGGAACAUCAUUGCAUUGCUUUUAUUGGGACCUUUCGCUUAUUUCUUUGAGAAGAAGGAAAGACCACCUCUUACUUUCUCUGUGCUGGUUCAACUCUUCUUUCUAGCAUUAUUGGGAAUCACUGCAAACCAAGGGUUUUAUCUCUUGGGAUUGUAUUAUGCAUCUCCAGCUUUUGCUUCAGCAAUGCAAAAUUCAGUUCCUGCAAUCACUUUUGUCAUGGCUUCUGCUCUAGGACUUGAGAAAGUCAACAUUUCUAGGAGAGAUGGACUAGCAAAAGUUUUAGGAACCAUUGCAAGUAUAGGGGGUGCGUCUGUCAUUACACUCUACAAAGGCCCUCCUCUACUGCAUCAGAUAACACAACAAGAACAAGGAAUAACAUCUGAAGAAGAUAUGUCUUCAAAGAAAAUGCAAAACUGGACAUGGGGAUGCAUAUUCCUGUUUGGGCACUGCUUAUCAUGGGCUGGCUGGAUGGUCUUUCAGGCUCCUGUGUUGAAGAAGUAUCCGGCAAAGCUCUCUGUCACUUCUUUUACAUGCCUUUUUGGAUUGAUCCAGUUCUUGGUCAUUGCAGCAUUUGUAGAAACUGACGUCAACCAUUGGAAAAUCCAAUCAGGAGAAGAACUAUUCACAAUCCUAUAUGCUGGGAUUGUGUCCUCUGCUAUAGUCAUUUCCCUUCAAACAUGGUGCAUUCACAAAGGUGGUCCUGUCUUUGUUGCUGUCUUUCAACCAAUGCAGACAAUUUUGGUUGCUAUUAUGGCUUCUCUAAUACUUGGUGAUCAGUUGUACUCUGGAGGGAUUAUUGGUGCAAUUCUUAUCAUGCUUGGUCUCUAUUCUGUUUUAUGGGGCAAAAUUGAAGAGAAAAGAGUGGAAAUUCAAAACAGGGAAGAGACCCUGACAAGGAACCUUCUUGAAGACAAAAAUAAAGACAAAGAAGAGGGGCCUUGUAUUGUCUGACAUCCCAUGAAUAUCCUGCCCUUUAUUUAUUUAUUUAUCUCCAAGACUGAAGAUGUUCUGAAAACGAUGGCUACUCUUAGAAGAACAAGCAGUUCUAAUGGUUUUUAGAUUAGCCCAGCAUCUCAACAUGUAUGUAUAUUUAUGGGGUUUGGUUUCUCACAGAUUUCCUCUUUUAUUUUGAAUCUUGAGCUAAGCUGGCUAUAGACUUGAACUCCAUUCAGAGGAAGUGAGGCUCUUCAAACUGUACCACUAGUAGUCUGCAACUAACUCUGUACUUAAAAAUGAUUCUAUCUGAAGAUAUAAAGCCAUGAGAAUUUCAAUGCUA